AUGAGGAUCCAUUAUCUCCUGUUCGCGUUACUCUUCCUAUUCUUGGUGCCUGUUCCAGGCAAUGGAGGACUCAUAAAUGCAGCACAUAAAUAUUACUGCAAGCUAAGAAGGGGCCGAUGUGCUUUGCUUAGCUGCCUUCCAAAGGAGGAACAGAUUGGCCGUUGUUCUCUGCGUGGCCGAAAGUGCUGCCGAAUAAAGAAAUAA